AUGGUGCUGCUCGAAAAGGAGAAGCCAGAAAUGGAGCCAAGAGGCCAGUGGAAUAAUAAAAUGGAGUUUAUGCUCUCCAUGGCUGGGGAGAUCAUCGGCCUGGGCAAUGUCUGGAGAUUCCCUUAUCUCUGUUACAAAAAUGGAGGUGGUGCCUUCUUUAUCCCCUACCUCAUCUUCCUCUUCACCUGUGGGAUCCCAGUGUUCUUCCUGGAGACAGCGUUAGGACAGUACACCAGCCAGGGAGGGGUCACCGCCUGGAGGAAGAUCUGCCCUCUCUUUGAAGGAAUUGGAUACGCCUCACAAGUCAUCGAAUCCUAUCAGAAUAUCUACUACAUCGUCAUCCUAUCUUGGGCUAUCUUCUACCUGUUCAGCUCCUUUACUGCUGUGCUUCCCUGGGCCACCUGUAAUAAUCCUUGGAACUCAGAUCGCUGCGUGGACUUUCUGAAUCACUCUAACGUGGAGAACUGGACAGCGCCUGCUAAUGCCACCUCCCCAGUUACUGAGUUCUGGGAGAAGCGAGCCUUGGGGCUCACAGACGGUAUUCACAAUCUGGGCACUGUGCGCUGGGAGCUGGCUCUCUGCCUCCUGCUCGCCUGGGUCAUCUGCUACUUCUGCAUCCGGAAAGGAGUCAAGUCCACAGGCAAAGUUGUUUACUUCACUGCCACAUUUCCCUACUUGAUGCUUUUUGUCUUGCUGAUUCGAGGGGUCACCCUGCCUGGUGCUGCUGAGGGGAUCAUGUUCUACCUGAAGCCAGACAUUUCCAGGCUUGCAGAUGCACAGGUGUGGAUGGAUGCAGGCACUCAGAUCUUCUUCUCUUAUGCUAUCUGCCAGGGGUGCCUGACAGCCUUGGGCAGCUACAACAAGUACAAUAACAACUGUUACAGGGACUGCUUCAUGCUAUGUUUCCUGAAUAGUGCCACCAGCUUUGUGGCCGGCUUUGCUAUCUUCUCUGUGCUGGGCUUCAUGGCACAAGAACAGGGCGUGCCCAUUUCAGAAGUGGCCGAGUCAGGUAGGUGCUUUCUAAAUGUGACAGGGCCAAAAGGAAUUUAUUCUCUGCCUGUGUCUCAGCUCUGGUCCUGCCUAUUCUUCCUUAUGCUGAUCUUCCUGGGACUGGACAGCCAGUUCGUCUCUGUUGAGAGCGUGGUGACGGCCAUUGUCGACAUGUACCCAGAAGUUCUCCAGAAGAAAGGGCACCGGGAGCUGCUGAUCCUGGCCAUUGCAGUCAUAUGCUACCUACUUAGCCUGAUGAUAGUCACUGAGGGUGGAAUGUACAUCUUCCAGCUGUUUGAUUAUUAUGCUGCCAGCGGUACGUGCCUACUGUUCCUGGCCAUUUUUGAAGUCAUCUGUGUUGGCUGGGUAUAUGGUGCAGACCGUUUCUAUGACAACAUCGAGGCCAUGAUUGGUUAUCGGCCAUGGCCGCUGAUUAAGAUGUGCUGGCAGGUUGUCACCCCUGGUGUUUGCCUGGCGACUUUCCUAUUUUCAGUGAUCAAGUACACCCCCCUCAAAUACAACAACUGGUACGUGUACCCUCCGUGGGGCUACGCUCUGGGCUGGUUGAUGGCUCUCUCUUCCAUGAUCUGCAUUCCACUCUACGUCAUUUUCAUCCUGCUGAAAACCAGGGGAUCACUAAAGAAGAGGCUAAUGCAACUCACUUCCCCAGCGGAGGACUUGCCUCAGCCAAAGAAGCACCAGGCUAGCGUGUCUGAACCAUUGGAGAGCCCCAAAGCAGAAUACAGGAUCUCAUCCCCAUCAGCCAAGGAAGUGCUCAUAACCACAGAGAAGGAAACUCACUUGUAA